ACCGAAAGAUAAAUGAAGCAACAAUUUUUAUAUACCACAAAUAAACAUAACGCCACGCCAUCACUUGCCUCCUCUGCAUCGGGCCAUACCUAUAGAGAGCUAAACAACAGCACACCCAGAACAUCACAUCAACGAUCAGUCAUGUAUAACCGUGACUGGCGAACAGCUUUGCGAACACCACCGACGUAUCGUAUUGGCAACAGAACGGUACGGUUUAACUAUCACAUCGCAAUGGUUAUUGUGGGUGCAUGUGCUUUAGUGGUGCUUUUCUAUUAUGUACGAGGUAGUACAUCAUCAUCGGAUGCAGCGUGGCUGAAAAAUUAUGCCAGUUCAACAAGUGGCCACCGAAACACAAAUAUCAUCGGUGGUACUAGCAAUAGAAAUCUCGAUGCAGAUGCCAUAUCCUCCUCAUACAACAGUACGUAUCCCUUGACACCUCCCAUGGUGGGUAGGCCCGGAAUGAUAACCUACCGAAUAGCAAUAGUUGCGGAUUUAGAUACUAAUUCAAAGGUGGAUACAAACGGUGCAACAGUAUGGCGUAGUUAUUUGAAAAAGGGCCACCUUACGUAUAUUGCUGCAAAAGAUGAGAUAUCAAUUGCAUGGGAUAGCGGCGAACCUGCAACGCUUGAAUCAAGCUUUUCCCUUAAGGGACGUGGUAUGGAACUUUCCGAGCUGGUUACAUUUAACGGAAAAAUAUUGAGUUUCGAUGACCGAACUGGCCUAAUAUACGACAUUACGAAUAGCGACAAGCCAAUACCAUGGGUAAUUCUACUUGAUGGAAAUGGUAAUAAUCUCAAGGGCUUCAAAUCGGAAUGGGCAACGGUUAAAGAUGGUUUACUAUAUGUUGGUUCUAUGGGGAAAGAAUGGACCAAUGGUGUGGGCGAUUUUGAAAACGAAAAUCCUAUGUAUGUAAAAGUUAUCUCUACAAACGGAGCAGUGAAAUCUCUCGACUGGUCGUAUAAUUUUAAAAGACUGCGGGAAGAGUCAGCGCAGAUAACAUGGCCUGGCUAUAUGAUACACGAGAGUGGUGUUUGGUCGGCUUACCAUAAGAAAUGGUUCUUUUUGCCUAGAAGAUGUUCAAAAGAAAAAUACAACGAAACCCGUGACGAAUAUAUGGGCUGUAAUCUUCUUAUUAUGGCCAAUGAAAAUUUCAGCAAAAUAGAAACGGUAGUACUGGAUCCUAAAAAUAAUCAACCGACACAUGGAUUUUCAAGUUUCAAAUUUAUACCGGGAACAGAUGAUCGAAUUAUUGUUGCUCUCAAAACUGAGGAAUUGAAUGGCAAAACUACAACAUUUAUAACCGCUUUCGAUAUACACGGCAAGACAUUGUACGCCGAACAACAUAUAGAAACGGAUUUAAAAUAUGAAGGUAUUGAGUUUAUAUAG